AAGCAAAUAGUCACAGACACAGGAAGAAUGCAGUGGAAAGUGCAACGCUUUUUCUACCUUCAUGUGUGAGGCACACAAGCUGCAUUUCCAGAGAGGCAUCGGCAUGGCCAGGUGAUAAUGGUUUAUCACCGGCAUACCCUUAAAAAAAAAUCUGUUUGUUCUUUUUGGCUCCUGGGUUCGCCUGCAGCUGGUCCCCUUAUUCUGGCAGGUUGAAUAUGUAGAUCGUGUAUGUGCAGCAUUUUUUUGCCCAGUUGCCUAGACAAUCGCUUGCUUUCUAUGAGAAUGUCUGGCUCCCGCAAGGACUUUGAUGUGAAGCAGAUACUAAAAAUCCGAUGGAGGUGGUUCGGACAUCAGGCUGCUCCCAAUAAUACUGGCCAUCAAGGCGACUUUUUGAAUGGAGAUCAGAGCCUUGCGACUAGUGACAGAAAGUUCCUAGAGCCAGGCUACCUCCCUCUGCCCUUGACAUCUGUGGGACAACGGAGGCCAAGCAAUCAGGACUUCCACAAUUUGCUCUCAUAUCCCAUGGCAUGUGCUCCUGAGCUCCAACAGCCCUCCGUGGAAGUUGCUGCAGGUGCCUGUGAGACAGUGCAUUGGCUGAGCAAGCCAGAAGCUGAAGAUGGAGCCAGCGAGGAGGACAUUGACUCUGAGAGCAGUUCUUGCAGGACUUCAAACAGCAGCCAAACUAUAUCAUCCUGCCAGACGAUGGAGUCAUGUGCCCAAGAUGAAUUCUUCCAGUCCCUCAACCAUGCCGAGCAAACCUUUAAGAAGAUGGAGAAUUACCUUCGACACAAGCAGCUGUGUGAUGUGAUUCUGAUCGCUGGCGAUCGUAGGAUUCCCGCACACAGACUGGUCCUGUCUUCAGUGUCAGACUAUUUUGCUGCAAUGUUCACCAGCGAUGUUCGAGAAGCCAAGCAAGAGGAAAUUAAAAUGGAAGGUGUUGAACCCAACGCGCUCUGGGCCUUAGUUCAGUAUUCAUACACAGGUCGUCUGGAAUUAAAAGAAGAGAACAUAGAAUGUCUACUAUCCUCAGCUUGCCUUCUACAACUCUCAGAGGUAGUCGAAGCUUGCUGUAAGUUUCUGAUGAAGCAGCUCCACCCUUCCAACUGCCUGGGCAUACGCUCCUUUGCUGAUGCACAAGGAUGCACCGAUUUGCACAAAGUCGCCCACAAUUACACAAUGGAACAUUUCAUGGAAGUAAUACGAAAUCAAGAGUUUUUAUUAUUACCAGCUGCUGAAAUUGCUAAGCUUUUAGCAAGUGAUGAUAUGAACAUUCCCAAUGAAGAAACCAUCUUGAAUGCCUUGCUCACCUGGGUGCGGCAUGAUGUAGAACAGAGGAGAAAGGACCUCAGCAAACUUCUGGCCUAUAUCCGGUUACCCCUAUUGGCAUCGCAGUUUCUUGCAGACAUGGAGAAUAAUGCUCUGUUUAGAGAUGACAUUGAGUGUCAGAAGCUCAUUAUGGAAGCCAUGAAAUACCAUUUGUUGCCUGAGAGGAGACCAAUGCUACAGAGCCCGCGAACAAAGCCCAGAAAGUCAACAGUGGGCAUGCUUUUUGCUGUUGGUGGUAUGGAUGCAACCAAAGGAGCUACAAGCAUUGAAAAGUAUGAUCUGCGUACCAACGUGUGGACCCCUGUAGCCAUCAUGAAUGGACGAAGGCUCCAGUUUGGUGUUGCUGUGUUGGAUGACAAACUGUAUGUUGUUGGGGGGCGAGAUGGACUGAAAACGCUAAACACUGUGGAGUGUUAUAACCCCAAAACAAAAACAUGGAGUGUUAUGCCACCUAUGUCUACACAUCGGCAUGGCCUCGGUGUGGCGGUUUUAGAAGGUCCCAUGUAUGCUGUUGGUGGUCACGAUGGUUGGAGUUACUUGAACACCGUGGAGAGGUGGGACCCUCAAGCCAGACAGUGGAACUUUGUAGCUAGCAUGUCAACGCCAAGAAGCACAGUUGGUGUAGCUGUCCUUGGUGGAAAGCUUUAUGCAGUGGGUGGUCGAGAUGGAAGUUCUUGCCUCAAGUCUGUGGAAUGCUUUGAUCCUCACACCAAUAAGUGGACCCUAUGUUCGCAGAUGUCCAAGAGGAGGGGUGGAGUUGGGGUCGCCACAUGGAAUGGCUUCCUCUAUGCGAUUGGAGGACAUGACGCUCCAGCUUCCAAUUUAACAUCUCGGCUUUCAGACUGUGUAGAAAGGUAUGAUCCCAAAACAGACAUGUGGACUUCAGUGGCUUCCAUGAGCAUUAGCAGAGAUGCAGUAGGAGUCUGCCUGUUGGGUGACAAGCUUUACGCUGUUGGUGGAUAUGACGGACAAAGUUACCUUAAUAAUGUGGAAGCAUACGAUCCACAAACAAAUGAAUGGAGCCAGGUUGCCCCAUUGUGCCUUGGAAGAGCCGGAGCAUGCGUGGUCACAGUGAAACUAUAGCCUGCAAGUUUUAUACAUCAUCUGCACAAACACUCCCAAAGAGCUGAUUAUCCAUUACAUAUUUAUUGACGCAAUGCUUUAAUUGUGAAUGUUUUUUUUUGUUUUUUUUUAAAUCUACUUCUUCUAUUUAUCACAUUGUAUCUAAAUGCACAAGAUGUUGAUCAUUUACCUAAGAAGAGUAUUUAACAUAUUAUAUUGGACCAACAUACAACACGCAUGUAGAAUAAAGAGAUUUUAUUUGAAUAUGUUACUGGAUGAUUUGCAGGGCAAAACAGGUAACAGUUUACAGUCAGCAAAGAAUGUUACAGUAUUAUUUAGCUGUUGUCUCCCUGUAAUCUCAUGCAAAGUUGUCACUAGAUGUCUGCAUGUCGCUGCAAGUGCAAUCUGGGCUCCUUGAGGUUGGCGGGAGUGCAGGUCAUGGGUGGAACAUUUUGUACCUGCCAUUGUAUGUGUCACAGUAUGUGCAGAAGAGCAACACAAUGCAGUCUUAAAAAAAAACACAUGGAAAAAGAAAGUGUAAU